AAAGGAAUCUAGCUCUUGAAGUUGCGACGCUCAUGGAGAAUAUUGGGUUUUCAAUUUCCAAAAAUUUGUCAAGCAAGAGCAACACGUCARUACUGAUUUCGGCUGGCAAUGUAGUCAUGAAAGUCGAUCAUAUUGGCCAACAGCUGAAAUACAACCAACGAGAUAUAYAUUUCAAGUUCAGCAACACUUCAGUUCAAGUUCCCAUUCAAGAACUCUUUGAGAACAACAGCUCAAAGUUGGUUACAAUUAUCUACCUCAACCUUAAUAACGUGCUGCAGUUUAAAAGYAAUGGAAAACAUCCACUGAAUAAAMGAGAAGAUCUGUGGUCUAGUACGGCUAUUAUUUCCAGUUCAGUGUUUCCCAGAAAACGUUGCCGAUUUAAACGUCCAAUCAAGAUGAUCAUGAAAAACGUAGUGCACUAUCCCAAGGACGGMGCCAAUAUCACUUGUGUUUCAUGGACUCCAGGUACUUCUAAAGAGGAAUGGUCACGUGAUGGUUGCCGACUAGUUCCUGAAGARUCUGGUCAAGAUGUUACAACUUGUAUUUGUUAUCACAUGACGCUAUUUGCUGCCUUGAUGGAUCCCUAUGGAAGCAAGAUUACCAAAGAACAUCGAAUUGGAUUAGAAAUCAUUUCAUUGGCUGGCUGUUCAAUAUCACUUAUUGCUGUAACAGUUACGUUUGCAAUCACUUUAUUCCACUGGAAAAAACUUAAAUCUCCUCGCUCAGAAAUACUAUUAAACAUGUGCUUAGCCAUUGGUGUGGUGUGCAUAUUGGUUAUAAUCGAGAGUCCUGCUCGAGAAAACAAGGCAGUGUGUUCAAUAAUAGCAACACUACUUCACUUCUUCCUUCUUUCUAUUUUUUCUUGGAUGCUUUGCGAAGGUCUCCUCCUGCGUCUUGUCUUCUUUAGUGAUAUCACUGGAUCUGGAAGAAGCAAAUUGAAGCAGUUCUACAUUUUAGGAUGGGGUUUUCCAGCCAUGAUUGUCUCAAUAAGUCUAGGUGCAACUCAAAUGGAUGGAUAUGGAGAAAAGAAUGUGCUAUGCUGGUUAUCUACAAAGAAUGGGCUUUCUUUUGCCUUUGUAGCUCCAGCAGUGUUUAUAGUAUUGGUCAAUACAUGGAUACUGGUAUUAACAAUGAGACGAAUGCUAAGAAUACGACAAAUCAAAAAUAAACCAAAAGUAGAGCGCUUACGAUUGGGAUUAAGAGCAGCAUUCGUAAUCUUGCCUCUCUUGGGAGUUACAUGGUUGUUUGGUCUUUUGGCAUUCGAUUCCAAUACAAUUGUAUUCAAAUAUCUGUUUGCAGUGUUCAACUCACUACAGGGUGUCUUUAUAUUCAUCUUCCACUGCAUACUUGAUAAUAAGGUAAAAGAGGCAAUACGUCAUAGGCAAAGACGAAGACAAUCAAUGGCUAUGUCUGUCAGUAGAGUACGCCCUGUUGAUAAAGACAGGGGUAACAGCAAUCCUUCAGCUCCUCUAAAAAUGUUCUCAUUUGCAAAAACAAGUGUCAAGAAGGACGUCAACAAACAAUGGAGUGAGGCGUCCGAUCACCAGAAAACACGUGUCACAAAAAUAGUCCAUGUGCAAGAAACGAGCGCAAAAUGCUUUCCGAAGUCACUGCAAAUGUCAAGCUUGGUUUUCGAGAUGACAAUUGAAGAACACAAACAAGGAAUUAGUAACCAUGAUGAUGUUUUAUAAGUAGUGUUUUCACAGCUUCAGGGUUCCUUUUGCUUCCUUUUCUGAUAUAUAAGCACUAUUUGUAUGGCUUAAAUUAGAAAACGAAAAUAUCAACAUUUAGAAUUAUAGUAAGGGUAAAAGAGCACCAAUUUUCGUCAAAAGAAUCAGAGAUUUGUGGACAGCAAUUUAUUGAAAGCAGCAUUAGGAAAACUCAGAAUGCUAUUAUAAAAAAAACAAAUAAUGGAACAAAAAGGAAUGUGAAAAUAUCUGAUUUGCAAUAUAAGAAAAAUUUAAGCUUUGAGCUUUUGAAUAUCCGACCAAGAAUUACUGUUACAGCUUGAAAAUAAACUAAAAGUCUAAAUCAAGCUGCCAAUGGCAAAACAACUAGGAGAUUGUAGGGUGAUUUUGAAAAAAAGAUUAACAGAAUGUAAAAUUGAGAAGUGUACCACGGAGCUUAUCAUGAUCAGCUAAAACAUUGUAUUGCUGUAAUGACAUCAGCAAACCUACGAUCGCGGUCAGUCUUCGCCGGCAAAUUCGGCUACAAAACUCGUUUCGUUAUCCAUCCAAAUUUCUAACUUUCUUCAAAAUGAUUAAGUACGAUGUACUACAAGUAAGUCAAAUAUAUUUCCCCGAAAAUGGUCUCUUAGACCAGCUUUAGACAUUAUAGAGCCGUUAUAUUUCCCCGGUUAUCUUUAAAAGUUAACAGGAAAGUGAGUGACACAUCGUCCCCCUGCAAUAACUCUUCGAUUACUUACGCAAUCUCCGAAUUAACAAUAAAAAUUAUCGAAUACAUAAUUAUGAGUUGAAAACUUGGUUAUUUUAAAGGGA